GCCUGCAUACGCUAAGCUACUAAACUGCUGCAUUGUCCCAUCUGAGCGAAUAUUUCAGCACCAUGUGUUCAGUUCAGCAUCUCAGAGAGUUUAUCAGAGAGAGACUAACUGCUGCUGCGGAGGAAAUCUUCACAGAGGUUGAAAAAACCAUCAUUAGCUACGAGGAAGAGCUCGAUGCUCAGCGCAGGAUGAUGGGGAUCAGCUGGAAACCAGACAUUAAGCUACACAGAGUCGGUUCGGAGCUGCAGAGACAAAGUUCUGACCUCCAACAGCCAACUGUCUCCAAUAAGGAGAAAGCUUUUGCCAUCCAACAAGUCAGGAGCCUGGCAAGUAGGUCCAGUCAGGACCAGAAAGAGGCAGAACAUCAGUGGACUGGAGAGGAACAGAUGGAACCAGAACCUAAAUGGAUUAAAGAAGAAGAGGAGGAACCAGAACCUACACUACUCAAACAUGAGGAAAUAGAAUAUCCACUAACAAAUGUAAGAAAAGAAGAGCAAGAUUCUUCAGUGCUUCAACAUGAACAGCAGCCACCAGAACAUUUCCCAACUGGACAGGACCAGAAGAACCUCUGCAGCCGUCAGGAGGGAGAGCAGCAAACUGUGCAGAAACAGUUUGCUGCUUUGAUUGAGACUUCUACUGUUCAGGAAGAUGACAUGAAUGAAGAAGAGACAAGAACUAAGCAGCUUUCCCUUCAUGUCUCUCCAGUGGUUGAGAACAAAGAUCAGGAAGGAAGCAGCUGCUCUGUGUCAAAGAGUCAGUCUGACAACAGCACAAAGAAAAUAUCUUUCAAAUGUGACAUUUGUGGGAGAUGUUACACACAACAGUGUAAAUUGAAAAAACAUUACAGAACUCAUACUGGUGAGAGACCUUUUUCAUGUGAAAUAUGCGGAAAAAGUUUCUCUCUAAAUUACGUUUUAAAUCGUCACAAGACAAUUCAUACUGGUGAGAGGCCUUUUUCAUGUCAGUCAUGUGGAAAAAGUUUCUGUCAAUUGAGUAUUUUAAAUCGUCACAAGACGAUUCAUACGAGUGAGAAGCCUUUUCAUUGUCAAACAUGUGGGAAAAGAUUCAAUCGUAGGGAUAAUUUGAACAUUCACAUGAGAACUCAUACAGGUCGGGUGCUGCUUUGAAGACAACUUGUGAAAAAAUGUAUUACUUAUCGUCUUUAGAACCCACAUGGGGGAGAUGUGUUUUCCAAAAGAAAUAUGGGGUUGAAAGUGUUCUUUUAUUAUAAUAAACUGAAAUUUCACAUUACACAAAAAUGAGAAUUUGUCAUUUAACUCACACUGAUUCGCUGUAGUAAGUAUUAAACAAUGUCUUGGAUUGUUUUCACUUUGCAAAACACAUGGGAUCCUCACCUAAUUUUGGAUACCCAUUAAUUUGUUUUUUAUUGAAAACAUAUCCGUGAAAAAAAAUGUCAUUCAUAAAUGUAUGUGCUGCUUGGAUCUAUCAAACAACUGCAGAACUCUUAAGAGAGCUAAAAUAAAUACUUUUUUCUUUUUUUAUA